UGCAGGAAUGGAAGGUUUUUCUCCAGAGCACGUCACAUGUUGGUUGAAGACUUCUCGCUUCUACCCUGAUGUUGAACUCCAACAAAAUGUUUGUAAGUGUGAAUGAGCUGCAAGGUCAGAUGUGCAAAUAUAUAAGGGAUUGUUGCAGAUAAAAUAGACUUAAUCUUUGGGUUUUUUUCUGGCUUUUUUUUAAGUGGUCUGUCUUAUCGCUGAAAUUUUUACAAUUGCACUUAGUUUACUUAGAAGGCAACACUGCAAGGAGUAUUUUGGAGGAAUUUCAUCUUAACUUCUCUGAAGAAUGGCAAAGAUGGGAAAUCUGGGGGACAGAAAGAGAAAUCAAAACUACCCCCCCAAAAAAAUGCUGCUUCAUUUCCCUGGAAGGAACGUUGUUCAGUUUACAAUAAAUCUGCUGACGAUUCCUGUGAUCACAGGCAAAGGUCAACCCAUCCCUGGUAGGUCUCUGAGACAUGAUCCGUUGGUUUAUCUCAUAAAACAAAAAUAAAGCAUGAAGACACUGAGGGGAAUGGUUUACAAAAAAAUCUUACAAUCAGAAAAAGUGAAUUUCGGUGACAUUUGAAUCUUCGUUGUGAGAAAACUGGAUCCAGAUUCCACCACAGAAAUCUUAAAAUACAAAAGAAAAACAAGGGACAAGCUGAGCUAAUGACAGAUCUGCAGAAGUGUCAACACCGCAGCCCAAAAAGCUCGAGGUGGCAGGAAUGUUGUUCACAGGGGACAUGGGAGUCACAGCAAAUACUCUCCUCGAGGCUGGUUACUCCUGACUAAACAGUGUUUUCAGCAGGAAAGGCCAAAAACUUGCCCAGAGGCAGUGGAGUGCUCCAGAUGAGUCCCAUGCCUACUCCGGCAGCAGCGGGUUGAGUGGAACUCCGCGUGAGCUCUGUGGAGGGAGGCUGGCAUCGCUGUGUGGUUCCUCCGAGGUCUCUUGGACACCUGUCACCCUCCAGCUACAUCCAGCCUCAGAGUCUAAACAGGAAUAAAUGGAAAACACAUUGAAAAGAGGAUUACGUCCAUAUGGAGGAGGAUUGGCAUCCAUUUCCAAACUGGGAAGGUUGAGUUAUACCAGGCAGUUUUGCCUUUGGCUAUCCAUCUAAGAUGCCGGUGCAGCUGCAUCGAUGCCUGAGCACCCGAGGAAAGCACCCUGGGAAGUUUCUCAGCAGAAAGUGUUGGUCAACCUCACGAAUCUCCACUCAAAUCCAUCCUUACUGUGGCCAUGCUCUGGGAAAGGAUCUGAGUUCUCUUCCCAUCUCCCUGACUGCUCCAUCAGGCUGGAUCAUGGUAAGAUUCAACAGGAUGUUGACCUGGAUCUCUCAGAACAGCUCAUGGAGAGGAAAGACACUCUGACACAAACCCACGUCACUGGAGAGGGAAUUGUAUUGUCAGGGAGGGCAUGUGGAAGAUCAAAGUGGGAAUAAACCAAUCCCUCCAAGCUGUACGGCUUUGCAUGGCUGAGUUUUAUUUCCAGCCUUCUGGAGCACAGCUCAUGAGUCUUAACAAGGAAAGAACUUCUGUGUAAAAUUCAGUAAAUUGAAAAAGCGGUUUCAUGUAAAAUUCAGUAAAUUACAAAAAAGAAAUACCCAGACCAAACACCACAGGCCUGUGGGGGGAAAAACUGGAAUUGAAUUUCCGUAACACGGACCUUUCCCAGAAAAGCCAGGCGUGGGUCAGCGUGAAAUGCAACACCACACAUCUGCCAGGGAGCCUGCCCUGUUCCUCACAGCCUUUUCCAUUUUCAUCUUUUGCCAUCGUUUGAAACCUUCCACAAUGACAACUCACCAGCACAGCCCAGCCCUUCCCCAGAGGGAGCUCUGGGAAACUGGGGCUGCCUGGAGCCGGGAGGAGGACACAGGUGAGAGGGAUGGAGGGUGGUGGGUACCAAAAUUUAGGAAGAAAUCACCUCCUCCACAUCACCUCUGCCUAUGGAGGAGGGUGAGACCACGUGUACAGCUGGAAUGAAACCUGAUUUUCCCCUUCCGACUGCAACUCAAGGCGUGAGCACUGUGUUGUCUCACGGAAGUGACUCAGGUUCUCAAUGCUGACCUCCCUUAAUGGUCUUCAUUCGGUGGGACAUUGAUUUAUUCUCCUCAUGAGCCUCAAGUGACACCAUUUGCUCGUUCCCCAAGGGCUGGCAGGCGAGCGAGGUGACAACUGGCGACUGGACGUGACCACUGCUCUGCCCUGGGAGAGUGACACACGUGUGCGACGGCCUCUCCUCAGCCCUUCUCAAAAUGUUUGUGCAGGAGCAGCCAUAAAUGCGGCUGUAUUGACCCGAAGAUGCAAUCCAAGGCGUUUGAGCCUAGGCCUUAUCUGCAUCCCCUUAUCAGGAGCCAGAGCGCGAGAUGCACCCCGGGAAGGGAGGGGACUGCCCCAGAGGGAUUGGCCUCGUCCCUUCUGUCCUGGCACGGGGAGGGGACUGCGGGCAGAGCUGGGUAAUGAUUUGUCAUCGCAAGGACUGGGGUGUCUCUCUCUGCAGAGGAAACCUUGGCCGUGAUUGACAGUGGGGCUGUUUCUGCCUCUUCCCUUGCUGUUGUCAAGUAAUAAUGAAGCUUUGUCAGUCCAUCAUGGACAUGGAUAUGCCAGAUUAUGUCGACUCCUUGGACUCCUCUUACACCAUGCUGGAAUUCGACAACCUCCGUGUGCUCCCCAAUAACACCGAGGCCAUCUCAGCUGAGUCAGCAAACACCAACCUGCUCCCCAAUGGGGUCAGCUCCCUGUGCUCCAUCUGCGGGGACAGGGCCACCGGCAAGCACUACGGGGCCUCCAGCUGUGACGGCUGCAAAGGCUUCUUCAGGAGGAGCGUCCGCAAGAACCACGUCUACUCCUGCAGGUUCAACCGACAGUGUGUGAUAGACAAAGACAAGAGGAACCAGUGCAGGUACUGCAGGCUGAAGAAGUGCUUCAGAGCUGGCAUGAAGAAAGAAGCUGUGCAGAACGAGCGUGACAGGAUCAGCGUCCGCAGGAGCAGCUACGAGGACAAUGGCUCUCUCUCCAUCAACAUCCUCACUCAGGCUGAGGCCAUGGCACAGCAGUAUUUAUCCCUGAGCCCCGUGCACAGCACAGACAUUGCCAUGAAGAAGAUUGCCACCAUCAGCGACGUGUGCGAAUCCAUGAAACAGCAGCUCCUGGUGCUGGUGGAAUGGGCAAAAUACAUCCCGGCCUUUUGUGAGCUCCCCCUGGACGACCAGGUUGCCUUGCUCAGAGCCCACGCGGGGGAACAUCUGCUCCUGGGGGUAGCCAAGAGGUCCAUACCCUACACCGAUUUCCUGCUAUUAGGGAAUGAUUUCAUCAUCCCAAUGCACUGCCCUGAACUGGAAAUCGCUCGUGUGGCCACCAGAAUCUUGGACGAGUUGGUGAAGCCCUUGCGGGACAUCCAGAUCGACGACAACGAGUACGCCUGCCUUAAAGCCAUCAUCUUCUUUGACCCAGACUGCAAAGGGCUGAGCGAGCCCGGCAAGGUGAAGAACAUGCGCUUCCAGGUGCAGGUGAACCUGGAGGAUUACAUCAACGACCGCCAGUACGACUCGCGGGGCCGCUUCAGCGACAUCCUGCUGCUGCUGCCGCCCCUGCAGAGCAUCACCUGGCAGAUGAUCGAGCAGGUGCAGUUUGUGAAGCUCUUUGGCGUGGCCAGGAUCGACAGCUUGCUGCAGGAGAUGCUGCUGGGAGGAACCACUGCUGAUCUCCAGUACCAGUCAGCACCUCCCAACCUCAACCUGGAACAGCUGCCAGGACACGUCCUGCAGAGCAACAUGACCUCUGUGAUCCACGCUGCUCCAGACCCGUCUCCUGAGACAUCCCUUCCAUCUCCCUCCGCCAGCACAGGCAGUGAAGACUAUAAACUAGGCUCUAGCGCAGGGCCCAGCACCGUAGUGCAGCUCCUGCCUCAGACAGCGAUGCCCAAGCAGGAGAUGCUAUAGGGAGAGGAGGAAGGAGGAGCUGGGAGCUCUCUGGGAGCCGUGCUGGCGGUGAAAUUGGCCCUUUCUCUUUGCAGAGGCCAAGCUCAGCACCCCCCUGCCUGCAGCCGGAGCCGCCGCUCCCACCCUUCCCCGCCCGUGAGCCCCGCGCCGGGGACGGCCCGCAGAGGAGCCUCGCCACGGAAUCCCCUCCACCAGCACCCC